UCGUGUGGUGUGCUCAAUUGAAUUUGAACUGUCGUCGAGAUUGCACUCGUUUUGUUUGUUCGGUCCGCGUUUUGUGUGUACGUGUGGUUAGCGCUUCACCUUUUCAUGAAAUUUUUUGUUAUUUUCUGAAAAGAAGUCCACAGUGUGUGCAUUCUGAAUGACAGGCAACUAAAUGAAAAAGCCGAUUUAACGAAAACUAAACUUGAGAAAUUAAGGCCGAAAUUGAAAGAAACAACAUAAAAUUUAGCCCAGGAAAAGUGAAAAGAAAUUCUUGUUGGUGGUUUGGUGUAUGUGUAGAGAAGACACAUUGAAACAAAAGAAGAAGUAGAAAAAAAAAAAACGAAAGAUUUUCUGUGCUACUUUUGAAAGUGAGUGAUUUUAGCUCUUCCUUCCUUGCAUACUACAAUUAAUGUUUUGAGUGUUUUGAUUUUCAAAUAUUAAAAAGGAAUCUUUCCAAUCAUUCGAAACAAAAAAAAUUCAAUUUCAAAAAAAUAAAUCUAAUUUAAUAAAUUUUAUUUCAUUUGCUGUUGUGUGUACUUUUUUUCUCUCUUCAAAUUAACGCCACCGAAAAAAAGCUAUCGAAGCCAUCGCCGUCUGAGUAUUAACAACAAUACGCGAGAAAGAGAUAGCAACGGUUAUCACCCAGUAAACGCAUUUAUAAUUAAUCAUCACAACUGAAAUAGUUUAAGUUUUAGUUAUUUCCCUUGUAUUCAAACUAAAGUGAAUACUCAAAAUCUCCACUGCAAAUUUUUGAAAAGAAUUUGCUCUUUUAAGGCUGUACAGUUUGUCGUUGGGUGUGUUGCGUUGUGUGUGAGUGCAGUAACAAUCCGUUUUGCAAGCCACCUUUUCUAAAGGAAGAAGCAAAGAAAAAAAGGAAGACACGGCGCCGUUUAUCAUCAUCCAUCAUUAGCCCACAGGAUUUCCUUCAAAAAUGACUGAAGUUGAGCAACCUCCACAGAAUGGCAUUGAUUUGUCAGCCAAUGAAGAUGAUGACAAUAGCAAAGCUCGGCCAGCUGAUAUAGAACAGGAUAUGCGCGAAAUGGAACGACGCAAACGUGUCGAGGCAAUUAUGGGUUCCAAACUCUUCCGUGAAGAGUUGGAGCGUAUUGUUGAUUCAGCACGUGAUAGUGGUAAUGCUGAUGGCAUUUUACAACAGUUAUCCGAUAUUGUGGGUGUACCAGCCACGCGUGUGGGCAGUGUAUUCCGGGCCUCCAAUUGCAUGCAACCCAUCAAUGAUAUUAGGGGUGUGGAAUCCAUGGGCUAUGCCAAGGGUGAAAAGAUUCUACGUUGUAAAUUGGCUGCCACAUUCAGAUUAUUGGAUUUGUAUGGCUGGACCCAGGGUUUGGGUGCCCAAAUUACAGCACGCCUUAAGGUGGAUCAGGAAUACUUUUUGGUUAAUCCAUAUGGUUUGUUGUAUCAUGAGAUUACUGCCUCCUCGCUGAACAAGGUGGAUAUGCAGGGCAAUAUUGUGGAACAGGGUACCACAAAUUUUGGUGUUAACAAAAGUCAUUUUGUGCUUCACUCCAUUGUCCAUGCCGCACGUCCCGACAUCCGUUGCAUUAUCUACAUUGGCUGUAGCCCUGUCGUGGCCAUUUCAUCCCUGAAAGCUGGCCUAUUGCCUUUAACAAAAGAUGCCUGUGUCUUGGGCGAAAUCACCAGCCAUGCCUAUGCCGGUUGCCUGGUCGAUCAGGAUGAACGCGAAAAAUUGGUACGCAAUUUGGGUCCCAACUCAAAAGUCAUGCUGUUGACCAAUCAUGGUGCCUUGUGCUGUGGUGAAACCAUUGAAGAAGCCUUCUUUGCCGCCUGCCACAUUGUCCAGGCCUGUGAGACACAAUUGAAGCUACUGCCUGUUGGUUUGGACAAUUUGGUAUUGAUACCCGAAGAGUCGCGCAAAACCAUUUACGAACAGUCUCGUAGUCCACCCGAGGAUUUGGCCAAGAAGUUUGCCGCCGCUGCUGCCGUUACUACAGCGGGAGAUUCGAAUAAAGCUGCAGAAGAGGAAGAUAAAAAGGAAGGCGAAGAGAAAUCGGCAACCACCAAGGUUUUGGGUCAAACACCAAAAUGGCGUGUGGGUGGAGCUGAAUUCGAGGCAUUGAUGCGUAUGCUGGACAAUGCUGGCUAUCGUACCGGCUACAUAUAUCGUCAUCCAUUGAUUAAAUCGGAACCACCAAAACCCAAAAAUGAUGUGGAACUACCGCCAGCCGUCUCAUCAUUGGGUUAUUUGCUUGAGGAGGAAGAACUUUUCCGUCAAGGCAUUUGGAAAAAGGGCGUUGCAGGCAAGGGUGGUGAUCGCAGCCGUUGGCUUAACUCACCCAAUGUCUAUCAGAAAGUGGAAGUCUUGGAAACCGGCACACCAGAUCCCAAAAAGAUUACCAAGUGGGUUGCCGAAGGUUCACCCACACACUCAACACCAGUACGCAUCGAUGAUCCAUUGCAAUUUGUGCCAGUUAAUACAAAUCCCAAGGAAUUCAAAAGGGUACAACAACAGAUCAAGGAUAAUCGUCGUGCCGAUAAAAUUUCAGCCGGUCCACAAUCACACAUUUUGGAAGGUGUCACCUGGGAUGAGGCCAAUCGCCUUAAGGAUGCCACUGUCAGUCAAACCGGUGAUCAUGUUGUGCUAAUGGGUGCUGCCUCCAAGGGUAUCAUACAGCGUGGCUUCCAACACAAUGCUACCGUCUAUAAGGCACCAUAUGCCAAGAAUCCAUUUGACAAUGUCACCGAUGAUGAGUUGAAUGAAUACAAACGCACGGUGGAACGUAAAAAGAAGAGUAUUCAUGGUGAAUAUACUGAUACAGAUUUCUCAGAAUCGGAAGCGUUGAGUUCACUGCAAACAUCAGGCGCACAACAACAAACUAAACAAAAUACCACUACCACAACAACAACUGCCGCUGUUAGUCAAUCAGAGCCAGAGGAUGUUUCAGAACAUCAAGUUAUGAGAAUAGAAACACAACAAGCCCCAGUUCCCAGUCAGCCCGAAGUAGUUUUGAGCGACGAUAAUGUAAUCGCAAAUAAUUCAAGAAUUGUUCAAGAUCCAAUUUGUCACAUUCAAGAUACCAUAGAUUUAACAGCAAGUCAAAGCAUAGCAAUAACAACAACAACAACAUCUUCAUCUUCCGAUCAUUCGAGGGACAGUGAUGAAAGAAAAUUUCAAAAUCUUUUCAUGAAGAACAAAAAUAUCACUACUCCUGGGCAGCAUCAUCGACAUGCUUUCGAUACUAACUCUAAUAAUUCACAUUCCAAUACAACAACUUUAUUUCAUGAAAUGCAAACAGAUGUCUUGUUUAAUAGGCAAAAACGAAAACAAGAAAUCAAUCACAACAAUACACCCAUUGCAAAAAGACAUUCCCCGGGAUAUUCUGAUAGAAUUUCCCCACACAAAAUUCCCCCACAUAGAAGAAGUCCCUUUACAGAAGCACCCACCCAACCCCAAAGUACUGUAAAUAAUUCAAGUGACAAUGCGUUUUCUUUAUAUUCUAUUAAAACUAAUGAAACUAGAUUCGAUUCUCCAAGUUAUGAUUAUCCAAAUUUGGAAAACACUUCCAAUAUCUAUGACUACACAAAUGAUGUGGAAGAAGAUUUUCAAAAGGGAAGUAUUUUCACCCUGAAAAGAAGUACGUUUCUUAUAUCUCCCAAAUGUAGUAGCCCCAAAAUAUGUAAACCAAUUUUAGAAUCUCUAGACAAACCAUCCAAUUUGCAAGAGCAUUAUGUCAAUGCCCAUAGUCCAUUGGACUUAAUAUGGAAUAUUCCAAUACGUAGACAUUAUAGCCCCUGUCCUACACCUGAAUUGGCAAAUACGCCACGAAAAGAGAAGAAGGGUUUUAAAAACUCUCCUUCGCGUCAACCACGUUCACCAUAUCGUACCCUAUCACAUUUUGGUUUCAAUUCACCACAACGUCAGCCACAACCCGAACACAAGCAUGUCCCUCCUCCGGCCGCCAAAAAAUACAAACCAUUAAGACGUUCAAUAUCCUACGAAGAGAUAUUCUCAUCGGUACGCUACAUAGAUUUGUGUGAGCAUUGUUUUGAACAGAUUGUUCGUUAUAAACCGGAGCUUAUGCAUUAUCGAAUAAAACUUAGGAAUUUGAGGGAGUUCUACCAAGGAGGAGGAGAGGACGGCGAGAAGGAAAAAGAAGAAACAUUUAAUUUGAAUUCCAAUGAAAAUGAAGAUUUUUCUGUAUUUGCUACACCCUUGGCACCUUUGAUAGAAGUGGAGGAAAGGGAUAGCUCCGAAAGUCAUAGGUCUGCAAAGUCCUCCAGCUCCCCAACUGCUCCGCAUUCAUCAUUUCUGGAGAAGAUCACACGCAUGAAUUAUUCAGAAAUUUCCAGUCAGACAACAACACCUCAUUUUCAAAUGGCCAUCCAUCAAACUUUGGAGCAAGAAUUUCAAAAUUUAAAGAUUGAAGAGGAAGCCGUAGAAAAAAGGGAUGAAAAUGAUAAUCAAACUAGGAUUUCCAUAAUGGAAAUUUUGGAUUUUAAUAAUUUCCUUGGAAAUUUGGAUGGAAAUGAAAAUCCAAGCGAAGAUAAUCUCCCUCAAGAAUUGUCAUCGUCGUUCUUCACAAGAAAUUGUUCUGAAGACCAUUCCCGCCGCAAAUUGAUGUUUGAAGAAGAACAAUGGCAGGAGCAUCAUCAGGUGGAUGAUACCGAAAAUCCCGGAGAGAUUUUAUCUCAUAUUUCAGCUGGUAAUGGGGCAGGAGAUCUCGAAGAAGAAAACCCCAACGAGUUGAAUGCUGAAGACCAUAAUCCACGAGAUUUUGAAAAUGCUCAACAGAUUUUACCUCACAAUCCAAACGGUAAUUGUGGGAUCCUAGGAGGAGGGGAUAAUGCUCAACAGAUUUUACCUCACAAUCCAAACGGUAAUUGUGGGAUCCUAGGAGGAGGGGAUAAUAAGGAUGUUAAUCUCCCUCAUAGCUCAUCAUCCUCCAGCACCCCACGUUCUCUGAUGGAUCGCGAGGAGCGUUUACGGCGUAAGUUAAUAUUCCAGGAGCUAUGGGGUGAAGAUCAUGUUGAUUAUUUUGGCAAUCUUGAAGAGGGGGCUUCCACUUUAUCCGACAAUAAUGGCGCCCAAGUGGGUGAUGUAAGAGAUCAAGAAAAAUGGUCCUCCCCACGAUCUUUGAUGGAUCGCGAAGAACGCACCCGACGUAAGCUAAUAUUUCAGGAACUUUGGGAGGAUCAUGUGGAAUAUUUUGGAAAUCGUGAAGAGCUUUUGAACGCCACUGCAGCUACCUACUCUGGUAACAGUGGUGGCCAAGGCGGUGGUUUUAGUGAUACCGAAUCGGCCAUUGAUGAGACCAACAACAAUACACAAAGAAGCAGCCUUCCAAAUUCCAAUGAAAAUCCCCAAGAAGAAAUGUUUCUCACACAGAGUAGAGUUAUAAGCCCUAAAACAUUAGGAGGUCCCAGGGAUAAUGAUGCGCUUGGAAAUGUUUUGACAAAUCAAGAGUUAAAUGAGAAAUAUGAUGAGGAGAAGCACAGGGAUGAUGAUAUUCUUUCUUCCUGUUCGAAAUUAACCUAUGACAUAAGUGAUGGUCACUCCUCUUCUUCGGAGGAGAAUAUUUUACAAAGGUCCUUUGGCCAAACCAAUUUUUUGAGAGACAAGCAAAAUUCCACUCGGAAAGAGGAAGACAUAGAAGAAGGUAGUGCAAAGGAUUUUAAUUCCUCUCCAAGACAAGACGGCUUUCAAGAAAAUUUCGUUGCUGAAAAUACAAAAUUUAAUGCAAAUUUAGAUGGAAACCCAGAAAUUCUUUCUAACCUCAAAAAAUCGAAAAUUUUUAUAAAUGACCAAAAUGCUGAAGCUGCAUUAGAUGUGGAAGCUCCGAAAAGUAUGCAAUAUACAUCUAAAGAGGCAAAUAAACAAAAUGUAUCUGAAACUAAUUUACUCCAAGAGGCAAAACUUGUUGGGAAACAAAUGACAUUUCAUAACUCGAAUGAAUCUCAUGACAUUAUUGAAAAUAUUACUGGCCCUGCAACUACUCCAUGUGAUAAUUCAAAAUUUUAUGAAUUUCUUGAUGAAAAUUUGGGGAACACAAAUGUUGUAAACCUAACCUCACAAAUUACAUUUCCCAAAUCCAAUGAAUCGAGUGACAUUAGGGAAGAAGAAUUGAAUGACAAUGGAGCUAAGAGAUGUAAUAACUCGAAAUUUGAUGAAAGUGUACCACCCAAGAGUUUCGUCCUUGAGAAAAAUGAAAAUCCUAACCUCAAAACCCAAAAUAUCUCAGCUGGCAAAGAAAAAGUACAAAUUCAAGAAGUUGUGAUUAUAAGGCCAAAUCAUGAUGCUUUCAAAAAACUUGAGGCUAUUGAGGGCCAAGAUCUUGCUAAUCUUGAUCUUGAUUCUCAACAUAACCUCACUUCCUUUUACCAGGAAUUUCCAGUAAACGAAGAGGUUUUCAUUGGGGAAACAUGUGAGACACUUGAAAACAAAAAUCUUUGUGAAAAUUUAGAUAUUUUGAAAGAAGCUCCACCUAACCUCAAAAAUUUGCAAAAUUCUUGUUUCCCUUCUACAUCUCAAAAUCAAGAGGGACAUAUAGAAACACAAACACAAGCAUUGGUCCGCUAUAAAUCUGGACUUUUGAAUACCUUGGUAAUUGAAAAUGAUACUUCCAACACCGAAAAUCCAUCCCCUGGCUCUGACGAAGAUUUUAAGGAUAUUCUCAGAAGAAUUGAAAAUUUACAAAACAAGGAUAGAUUUUCUAAAGACAAAGAAGAGGGAGGACAGGACAAUGUUGCUGCUGCUGGAAACACUCAACUAGAAUCCAGCUCAAGGCUAACAAAUUUUGAAUUUCCCCAAGGAAAUCUCCCAGCUGAGGGCGAUAACAAGGAAAAUUGCUGCGAAGAAACUGAACUCUCUUCCAUGGAAGUGGAAAUUUUAAAGAAAAUCGAAGAACAUCAAUUGAAAAAGAGUGAAGAAAUUUUCAAUAAAAUUGAAAAUAGUAUACGAAACAAAUUGACACCCAGCAAACUGGAAAUGCUUAUCAAAGAGCAAUGGUUAAGUUUGUAUAAUCAGGAUGAAAAGACGGCUUCUCCCUGUCGCAACAUUUUGCCAGAAAUUGCACCAACAAUAUUUUCCACACCCCAAACGGGUGGCCAAUUAUCAUCAAGACGUUCACGAUCCUUGACACCGCUCAGUGAAAAUACAAUUCCCCCGAAACAAAAAUUAAAUAAAACCACCACACCUCUAGGCGACAUGGAGGGAAGAAAUUCCUUACACCUGACAGAUGACAACACCCCACAACAGCAUAAACUAACUCCCUGUUCAAGUUCUUCUUCCUCCCUGAAAUCUUUUAAAUCGUCCAGCUCCAAAACUCGCAAUUUUAUUUUGGAAAACAUACGCAAUGUCAGCAAGCCAAGAUGUGGUGGCACCAUCGCAUCCAAUCAAGUUAAACGUUUACAGGGCAAUAGUCAGGCCAUAUUUGGUCGUAAUCCAUUUGGCCCUAGGCCUUCUUCAUCUUCCUCACUGAAAUCUCCACGAAAAAACGCUACUCCUCUAGCCAAAACUCCCUCCUCACCGGUUUACUGUAACUCCACCAAUGUCUAUUCGUUUCAAUCGAAAUUGGUCAGAGGUUCUCCACGUUUUUGGGUUAGUUUAACCCCCCCACCCCUGAGUUCCGAAAGGAGACGUUCAAUCAACAAAACUCCCAGGACUUCCAAGAAAACGCAACCGAAAAAACAUUUGCCAAAGGAAAAAACUUUAUCAUCUUCAUCUACCCCUCCAACCACCACAUCGUCAUCAAGUUUCACUUCCCAUGUUGAUGCCGAAAUUAAUGCCUUGGGCCAACAGAUCCAACAAAUCCAUCCUCGUCUGGAGAAUUAUAAACGCAAGUUGGAUGAUUUUGGGGAUCGUGUGGCCAAAUGUGCCCGCAACAUGGAUGAGUGUAUCAGUGCCCAGGAGGAGAUUGUGUGUGAUCAUGCAGAAUUUAAGGAGGCUAUGACAAUGCAACAAUAUGUCGAUGAGAUUAUUUGUCGCGUCGAUACAUUUUCACUAUCCGAAACGGAAGAUUAAGAAGGAGGGGACAA